UCUCUCUCUCUCUCUCUCUUUUUCUUUCUUUCUUUCUUUUUCACGUUCCUCUUCCUAUCUUCUCCUGAAUUAAUUGUUGUUGAAUCCUGGAGGUCCUUCAAAUCAUAUUUAGAGUUCUAAAGUGUAAAAAUAUUGUCCCAUUGAAUUGAGGAGAAAAACUCUACCAAAAAUAAAGCUGGAGCUCCGCACUCGUCGUCGUCGUGUUUUUAUCACCUGGCCGGGUGGGAAACCUCAGGCAUGAACCCAACUUAAUUGCUCGCGCUCGCACUUCUUCUCCCUCCCUCUUCUUCUCUCCUUCCAUGACACAUUAAAUUUAUCCCCUUAACAGUACCAACCUUUAUCUCCCGGGCUGGAAGAUCUCUGCCUUUCCUUAGUGGAUUAAAAUCCCCGUAAUCCAUCCUCGAGACCUGUCAUUCAAUCUCCCCGAUCGGCCGGUCGCCGCGAUCGCUCAACAUUUACUCCCUCUGUCGUCAUUUCAUAUAAAUAUAUAUAUUACUAGCACUACUACGACUUUCCCCCCUCACGAUGGAUUUCCAUCUAGUACCGCGCGGCGAAGAUCGAAACUACACGGGCUUUCUAACAAAAACUAUUGUCUACAUAUCGUCGUUGAUUGUCUUUCUAGCUUCAUUCGGGUUAACCGUAUCAUCCAUUGUCAUCCCAAAAUGGAUCAGCUAUUCCAAUGAUCAGAUCUGGUAUUCAUACGGCCUCCAUCGGCGCUGUUCGUCAGUCACCGAUGCCUGCGUUAGUUUCCCCCAGCAGGACGAUUGCAGUGGUCGGGGCCGCUAUUUCUGUUCCAUGUGGCGCUCCGUGGGCUUUCUUAUGUCCUUUGCCGUCGUUCUGGAGGGCAUGAGUAUCGUCGCAUACUUGAUCAUAUUAUCCGGUGGGAAGCGAUUGCGGGAAUCCGGGUGGAAGGUUCUCAGUUUGUUGAUCGUGUUAUCGGUCGUGGUUCAGACGGCGAGCAUGUCGAUUGUGGCCUAUUUGUACGACCAUGACCCGCGGUUUUUCCCCGGCUGGAAACUGGAUGAGUCCUGGAUUUAUUGUACCAUUAGCUGGUGUGUUAGCUUGCUCUGUGCGGCCGCCCUUAUUAUUGCCGGUCGCGUACUACCGUCAGAAGGUGGCUAUGAGUUGAUCCCCGACCAUUCCUAAUUCUAUUCCUCUUGGAGACAUGUCAACGGGGGUACGAUUCGAUAUACGUUUACGGCGGUGCAUUUGUGAUUUGCGGUUCUGCGUUUUUAUGCUGCUUUCCUUCUUUUUCCUGCGUCGGCAUUCUGUUCAACUUGGUGGUUUUCGUUCUUUUUGCAUGUACAUACAGACUAGAUGUCGACGAGUAAUGUUUAUGACCCGUGAGUUUCCGUCCAUUGAA